UCUGACAUUUCACAUAUUUCAACUGUGAGUAAUGAGUAAUAGAUCACAAGCAUUAUAUUAUUUUAUAAAAUAAUAACGAAUAUUAUUAGUAAAACAAAUGAAUUAUAAAUAAAAUCUAUAUUAAUAUAUUUGAUAUAAAACUUAUAAAAAUGCGUUUGUCACAUGAAUAUUUUAUGAAUGUACUAAAAGAUCCAAUAUUUCUUAAUCGAGUAAAAAUACAUGAGAAUGAUGAUUUUAAAACACGUUCUAUUCAAGUAACAAACAAAGAUGCCUGUACAUUGUUUUGGAUAAAAAUAUGGAAUGAAAUAUUGAUACCAAUGUACAAAAAUCUUGAAUUUUAUCGUAAAAUCAAAGAACUUGAUUUAACAACACCAAUUUUUGCACUUGACUAUCCUGACUACGAUUAUGUUAAUUUAUUAGGUGUUCCACCAACAUGGACAGAAAUUUAUUAUUCCAGUACAAUAACAAAUAAUACAGAUACUCCAUUUUUAAAACCCGUAUUCGCUUCUCAUAUUAUAUUUAUAGGUUACAUUAUAUUAGCAUUAAUUAUUUUAUUUCAUUUUAUACUUAAAUACUAAAUUUAUUUAACAGUUUUAAUAGUAGUAGCGCGUAUUUUACUGCCGUAAUACUGAUUUAUUAAUAGUAGUAGCAAUAAAUAAAGAAAAUAAUAAUAAAAUGAAGAAAAAAACAAAUGAAGAAACACAUGAUAAAUAUUAUCUGAGACGACUUAAAAGAGACUAUGGAGAAAACUUUCUAGCUUGUUCUGGUUUCAUCGCAACGUCAUUUUCAUUUAUUUUGUUUAUCAUUACUAUCUCUGUUUAUAUGUCAUUUUGUUUAAUAGAAUCAGACAUAAAACAUGAAAUGAUUGCAAAAUUAGCUCAUGGACCUGAAGACGAUAUAAAUUCGGUAGACAAGAAAAGAAAAUGUAAUUUGUUGAGUAAAAACAAAAAGGAUUCUUCAUCGACAUCGUCGUCAUUGUCACAUGAUUCGAAAAAAUUGAAAGCGGGAACCGAAAAUAAAUUGAAUAACCCAAAAAUCAAUGAAUUACAUAAAAAAACUAUCGAUGAGUUAAAAACAAAAUUAACAAUAAAUAAUAACCCAAAGAUAAAUGAAGUACAAAACAAGCCUAUGAAUGAGUUAAAUACAAAAUUGCAUAUAAAUAAUAACCCAACAAUUAAAAUAAAUAAAAAAUAGAUGUAUAAUUUUAGUUGAAUAAAAGAUUAAAACAUGACAUUAGGUAACAAUAUAAUACGCAAUAUUCUUCUAGUGAUUUUUAUAAUUAUUGCAAUAGUUUUCAUGUUUCCUAGUAUUUUUAAAACACAUGACAAUGGUGCAGAUCCAAAACCUAAUGCAGUUAAGCCCUAGUGAUAAAUAAUAAUUUAUAAAUAAAAAAUAAUUAAUUAAUUACUUAUUAUUUAGUAAUUCAUUCAUAUACUCAUAUAUUCAGAUGCUUAUUAUUAAAUAAAAUAUAAAUAUAUGUAUUUAACAAUAAUUUAAUAGUUGAUACAAUGAUAAUAUACGAUACAAUUGAAAAACUACAGGAAAAAUUAACAGUUACAGUAAUAAA